AGUAGUAGUAUUUCAUAUUAUCUUUGAAAAACUUGCUUUAGUUACAAGCAAGGGAGAUGACAUGCCACAGCAUGAGCUUUCAUUUCACCGUUUUAUCUUUACCUAAUAAUAAAGAGAGUUGGGCUUCUGCCCGUCGUCGCGCGCGAUUUUGCAUUAAAGCCCCUCGGUUUCUAUGAAAUAAUCCGCAAUCCCUGUUUUAGUAAGUCCGUAUAUAACGUUACAUUUUGCAGAAAACCCCCUGUAUUCAUUAGAUUUGCAUUCGCUGUCCUCGUAGUCUUAUCCAUUUCUCUGGCGAUGGAGAUGGCGAUGGCGACGGCGACAGGUUUCUCUGGCGACGGCGACAGGUUUCUCUGGCGACGGCGACGGCGAUGGGUUGAGGGCUGCGGGGACGCCGCGGCGAGGUGGGGCAGUGGCGGUUGUGUGGCGAGGCGGGGCAGUUGCUGCGGAGACGGCGCGCGGCGAGGCGGGGCAGUGGCGUCGCCGGGGAGGAUGGAGGACGCCGGAGCAGAGGACGACAGCUCCCGCCGUCGCUGCUGUCCGCGCACGCCCGCGUGCUCGCCUCCGUCCGCGCCCGCGCCGGAGCGCUGCUUUCUGCGCGCGCCCGCGUGCUCGCCUCCGUCCGCGCUCUUCAGCUCGCCUCUGCCCUCCGCGCCCUUCAGCUCGCGUCCUGCCGCGUCCUGCCGCGUCCCAACCGCGCCGGGAGACCGCCUCUGCCUGCCGCGCUUGCCUUUGCUCACGCCCUGCUGAUCCAAAGAAAGAUGGAGCCAGGGCGUGAGGGAGAGAGGAAAGAGAGGACAAGGGGCACAAGGUGAGGGAGGCAGUCGCCGGCGGUGGCGGCUCCGGUGACCGGCCGACGUGCAGGGAGACGAGGGUCCUGUUGAGGCGGCGGAGCUCGGUGCGGGCUGGUUCGUCCUGAUCGAGCCUCGGCUCUCCCGAGGCGUGCGGUUGCGGGCUUGGAUCUGGGUGAUCCUUCUCCCCCGCCCUCCCCCUCCAUGGCCAACGGCACGAGGUGCAGCGACCUCUUCCGCCCCCCCCGCGAUGGCUCCUCUCUAUCCCCCGACCAGCACCCUCCUCACCCCUUCCCCACUCCCGGGCCCCGGCUGAUCCCCAAGGCUGCCCCCUCCCUCUCUCAUUUGAUCUGGUCCGGACGAUCACUGGACCGAGCUCGAUACCACAUAUUGUUGGCCAUCUCACACUCUGGUUGCAGCAAUUGGAUGUGCCCUGUGAAACCUGCAACAUUUGAGCAUUGCAAGCGGCGGUAUGGCAGUCUGAAUCCUGACGUUCUUGGGAGUGCAGGCCAGGUUUGCAGAAGAAAUUGGGGGGCUCAAGUCUGCAAUCAAGGGAGUCUGCAUGGUGUUCUCUAUUGUUUGAUGGCAAGGUGCUCGGGAAUGAGCCACUGGCUAAAUCGUUUGGUGAUCUCAAGGAUGUGCUCUCUGAUGUGGGAAACGUGGUCGACGACAAGCUCUGACUACUACAGGCUCCAACAAGAAUUGUUAUUAUCUUCAUGCUUCUAUUCUGAACCAAUAAACAUGAACAGCUACAAGAAGCAUCUUUCCAUGGAGCUUAAAUGCCUUUUCCAAUACAUAGUUAAUCAACCGACAAAAGGAUUGGAAACUCUUCAGCAAAUGGCAAAUGUACAGUACACUGAGAACAUGACUGAUGAACAGGAUGCUAUGUCAGGAAGUGAAACGUUGCGGCUUCAAGGAGUGAAGAAAUUGGAUUGGGAUCAUGGAGUAUAUCAAACGAGGAUGCAACUCAUGUUCGUGUGGCAAAUCCAAUAAUUGAUGUACUGUAUUUGCAUUUUGCAAGAUAAUUUGGCUGCCAAAGUGCUACAUCGUAUCUCACUGGACCUAUUGAGUUGCUUCCAUGACCAUACUUCAAAUAGGGGUAUAUUAGUUUGCCUCUCAUCAUCAACUUUGGACCCUCUUUACGUGGGCAUUUUUUUCAAAGCGUACUUGUAUAAAAUAAACUGUAUUGGUUUUCAGUUUAUAUCAGUCCAUGGUUUUGCUCACAUCACAAAUUUUGACAGCUAGACAGUUCCCGAGUUCGGUCCAACCGAAACACUGCAUUUAUCUUUCUCGAUGAGUAUGGCAGAAUCCAACAUCCAUUCAACCUCUAAAUUGGGGCUCCAUGGCUACCAACCGAUGGAGCAAGACUGGAGACCACCCUCUUCUCCUCCAAUUUGGAGCUCGAUGGCCGCCAUUCAACAGGCGCUGUCGUCGUUGCCUCCUCAUGCCUCACCUGGGAGAGCACAGACGCCAACAUCACCCACGACCCGCCGCAUGUUCGGUCAACAAGCUGUAGUUCAAUUAGGUCUGUUCCUCCUCUUACAUGCAGAGCCUGGGAAGAUCAUGGUCUUCUCUCAUUCUCUUGUGAACAAUAUAUACACUGUAGGUAUGCGAGAAGAAAUAUUGUAUUGCUUGGAAAAAGAUAUGCGAAAUUACCAGGCAUCAAUUUGACCAUGUUUACAAGCUAUUAGAUGUGCAUUUUUAAGAUGCGGUAGUCAUACUUUGUACUGGAAUUUGACUUAUAAUUCUAUUGCAUAAUGCCUUUAUAUUUUCUCUCUCAUUUGAACCAUAAUGAAGAUGAUAAGGUCAAAUUAUUUGAGGUGACUCAUCCUGGUUUAUUUUCUCAUUAUCAUAUAAAGUGCCAAAUAUCAAUAUUGUACAUUUGCUGCCAAUAUUUUACAAAUUAGCUUCAGUUAUUUAUUGUUGUGCAUCUAUUUUUUUUUCUUGAGAUGCUUCUAUAUAUAUUUGCUGCCCACGGCCCUUUUGUUGGUUACUUAAUAAUAAUUGACAUGUUUUUUUUCUAUAUCUCACUCUUUCUUGGUGUUCCUGUUUUCUGUAGAAUCAGCAUGGUAUAUUUCAUAGUUGAUGCAGUUCUACCGUUGUAGGUGUGCUUUUCUGGUACAGGGAGGAGAGUUCUACUUCUUUUUAGAACAUACAGUAUAUAUGGAAGUGGUAUUGCCUAUGCCCGUGAAAUUGUUCUAUUUUUUUUUGUAAAGUGUGUCACAAAGUAACAGUGAUGUAUUGCCUAUGCCCGUGAUAUUGUUCUAACUUUCAGGAAGUGGUAUCGAGGAAUGUGUUUCUUGAUGAAGGAUCAAGGCAGAUAGUUGAAGUGGAACAUGCAAAAGUAUGAAAAUUCGUGGGCAGUCUGCUGCUUCUUUUAGGGGAGGUGAUGGUGGUUCCUUUAUUGGUAUCAAAUGAUAGUUACACUGUUUAUGAGAUUACAUUGAGAAAAGCUCAGGGUUCAUUGGCCCAAUUACAGUGGUUUUUACCAUAAAAAUAAAAGCUAACUAGCUCUUUUGUCAUCUUA